AUGGCGCUCGGUGAAGAGCUUCAGUCUAGCAACCAGCUCCUCUAUUCCGCGAACCUACUCGGGGUCUGGGCCAACUAUAGCCCUCGCCUUACCUCGGAUCACCUCGAUCCACGAAGUCACCAGAUCCUUCAAUCGAGCUGGUUGUUCUCGCAAUGCAUGCUCAAGCAGCACCUGGCGCCUGACCCCGGUGUGCUCGGAUGGCAGGUGCACCUCAAGAGAACUUCAUCCAGGAGCCGCCCUUUCCGCCUAUAUAUCAUGCUGUUUCGUCAAUGGCUCAACAUCGUUCGCCCUUCCUCCGAAGCCAUGUCCUCACUCCGGUCCUUCGUGUUGGCCGCGGUCGUUGCUGCACCUGCUCUCGCAGUGAACACUGUCGACCUCCUCAUUGACCACGGCUAUGCUUCCAGCGGCGACAUCAACCUGCGUAGUGUGCUCGCAUCCGUGGCAACGCGUAAGGGCCAGACCUUCCACUUUGGCUCAACCUACGACACGUACAACCCGAAUGCAGCUUGGACAGCCGAUGUCUUCAGCGCGUUCUUCAACCAUAUCGUUGCGGAGAACGGGUGCAAGUGGGACGCGACAGAACCGAGCAAUGGGGUCAGCGACCUCACGGAGUGUCUCGCCGUUCAGAGCUACGCCACCCAGAACGGCGACAGCUUCCGUGGACACAACACCUUUUGGCACUCUCAGACGCCGAGCUGGCUUCCGGGGAGCUUCAGCGCCAGCGACGUCGUGAACACCAUCAUCCCGACUCAUGUGCAGCAGGAAGUUCAAGGAAUGGGCUCUGCCGUCACAUCGUGGGAUGUUGUGAACGAGAUCAUCGGAGACGGUGUCUCCAGCGGUAUGACGCCGUUACAGUGCGUCCAAAACAAAGGCGACUGGCCAACCGUAACCUCCGAUGGCUCCGGUACUCCGCUGGUCACGGACCUCUCCUUCGUCUACGCAGCCUUCAACACAGCCUUCAAGUACGCGGGUAACUCGACGCGCUUGGCGCUGAACGACUACAACACCGGUGGAAACGACGCCAAGACCGCGUGCUCCAUCGCCCUCAUCAAGGACAUCCAGACGAACACUGCUAUUCCAUUCGAUCGUCUGGCCGUAGGCUUCCAGAGCCACGUCCAAGACACGUACUUCGUGAGCAAGGCAGCGCUCCAAAGCACAUUCUCCACGCUCGCUGCACUCGGUGUCGAGGCCAUGGUUACCGAGCUCGACAUCUCGCUCUCCUCGACUACUACCGACGAGCUUCGUUUCCAGGCUGCCAUUUGGGGUGACUAUCUUGACGCUUGUUUGUUCGCGAGCAACUGCAACGAGUUCAUCAACUGGGACACCCGUGAUGACACCUCCUGGUUGGGCACAAGCAAAGCGGGUACUCUCUUCGACUCCAACGGUUCGCCGAAACCCGCAGCAUAUGAGGUCGCUGCACGUUUGGCCUACUACGCGAGCGGCGGCGCCGAGCUCUGCGCUACCGCUCUGGGUACUGGCUCGUGCACGAUCUCUACUACUGGUACAGGAUCCACGACAUCAGCGGCGGCAACUACGACGAAGACAUCGUCGGCACCAGCAGCAACGAGCACUGGAGGCUCGUCUGGAUGCACAACGCAGAUCUACGGCCAGUGCGGAGGUAUUGGAUUUAGUGGAUGCGCUACAUGUGCCUCAGGAACUACCUGCAAAGUGGCCAACGACUAUUACUCGCAGUGUUUGUAA